AACCCACCUGUGUACAUGGAGCAUUUGUGCUUGUGGAAGUGGGUGCAAUGCAGUGGCAUGUCAACCUCUAGGGUUUCUCUGUGUAAACCCGUGUUUAGUCAUCCUGUACCACAAUUUCUGGACUAAGAUGCAGGAAGAAAGCCCUUGUCUUGCGUCGCCACAGGAGUUUAUAUGUGCUUGGAAACUGGACCCUUAAAGGAAAUCCGGAUCCUGCGACGAUAGGACAUCCUGUGCGAUCGUCUUUGGGAUUGCAGUGGUAGCCUCCACCAUGCCUGGGAUAAUGAGUGUGGAUGAGUUCGUUUCUGAGACUCAGGAGGACUACAACUCACCCACCACGUCCACAUUUGUGGGGAAGAUGAACCACUGUCGGCAAAGUGUUGGCAUACUGGAAGAGACUUUGGAUUUUGACCGAGAUGGCCUCACCAAAAUGAAGAAAGCCAUCAAAGCAGUGUACAACAGUGGGAACACUCAUGUGGACAAUGAGGUUUACCUCUCCAAGGCCUUGGAGCGGCUGGGAACAAACGCGGUUUCUAAAGACCAGGAGCAAGAUAUAGGUGCAGCUUUUCUGAAAUUCUCGGUUGUGACCAGGGAACUAUCAGCACUCAUGAAAACACUGAUGCAAAGCUUGCACAACAUCAUAAUGUUUCCUUUGGACAACCUGUUGAAAGGGGACCUGAGGGGUGUCAAAGGGGAUCUGAAACGGCCAUUUGACAAGGCAUCGAGGGAUUAUGAAGCAAAAUCGACAAAAAUUGAAAAGGAAAAGAAGCAGCAAGCCAAAGAAGCUGGGCUUAUUCGCACAGAAAUUUCACCUGCUGAGAUUGCAGAUGAGUUAGAGAAAGAGAGAAAAAUGUUCCAGCUGCAGAUGUGUGAGUAUCUGAUAAAGGUGAACGAAAUCAAGACAAAGAAGGGUGUAGAGUUGCUCCAGCAUCUCGUUGAGUUCUACCACGCUCAAAACAACUUCUUUCAAGACGGUCUGAAAACUAUUGGGCACUUCAACAACUACAUACACGAGCUGUCGAGUAAGCUGCAGCGGGUGCGACAGAAGCAGGAUGAAGAACGGAAGAAAUUGAUCGACCUGAGGAAUACUCUCCGCAACUCUCCUUCGCUGGAGACCAAAGAGGUAGGAACAACAGUGUAUAACCUGCACCAGCUGCAGGGGAACCAGCAGUAUGGUUGCACCAAGGUGGGCUACUUGCUCAAGAAGUCAGACGGCAAAAUGCGACGUGUGUGGCAGAAGCGCCGGUGUGAAGUGCGUGAUGGAUACCUGUACAUAUCUCACUCAGAUGAAACGAAGUCUCCAACGAAGCUAAACCUUCUGACGUGCCAAGUUAAGUGUCCUCAAGAAGAGAAACGUUCCUUUGACCUAGUCUCAUAUAACCGCACCUACCACUUUCAGACUGAUGAUGAUUCUGAAAUGGAAGCUUGGAAGGCAGUAUUGCUCAACUGUAAGGAAGGGGCGCUGCGCAAGGCAUUUACGGAACCCGGGCAAGUGGAAGGGGGAGCUGGAAACCAGAGCCUGCUGGAGUUUCAGCAAUCCAUCAUUCGACAGGUGCAGACGCUCCCAGGCAAUGACCGCUGCUGCGACUGCAAUUCCAACAAAGAUCCAACAUGGCUGUCCACCAACUUUGGCAUCCUGACGUGCAUCGAGUGUUCUGGGGUACACAGGGAGAUGGGCGUACACAUUUCACGAAUCCAGUCCCUCACCUUGGACAACCUAGGAACAUCACAGCUCUUGCUGGCAAGGGUGAUGACCAACAAUGGAUUUAAUGAAAUAAUGGAGGCCACCAUGACACAGUCCAGGAAACCCAACCCAAAUAGCCCAAUGGAAGAACGUAGCGAGUUCAUCAGGGCCAAGUACGUCGAAAAAAAGUUUGCAGUGAAGACGUGCACAGACGAAGAUGACCUUCUCCAUGACCUUGGUCACGCUGUCACAUCUAGGCAUCUUUUCCAGUUGCUGCAAGCAUUUGCUGAAGGAGCUAACCUCACAGCCGUGCUUCCAAAUUAUAAAACCACAGCUGACACUGCACUCCAUGUGGCUGUUGCUCAAGAAGAUGGCACUUCCCUUCACAUAGUUGAUUUUCUAGUGCAAAACAGCUCCAGCGUGGACACUCAGAACAAGGCCGGCAACACUGCUGUACACAUAGCGGUGCUUCAUAAUCAGACGGAGUGCAUGAAGCUUCUGCUGCGCAGUGGCGCAUUGGUGAACGUUAAAAAUUCGGACAAUAAAACACCCCUGGACCUGGCAAGGGAACUGGGCCUGCACACCUGUCAGGAGUUGAUUGAACACGCCCAGCAGAACAAGAAAACCCUGUUUGAAAAUGUUAGCAUCGAUUGGGGACUGACUCAGGACGACGGCUCAACAGACUUCAGCGAUGAUGAUUUCCCCGAAGAAAGGCUCCCUACAGAGUGGAAACGGUCACGUCCAUCAAGUGUGGUGAGCAACGAAUCAAGCCGGCCCGAGUCUGCUAGCCCACAACCGCCACCACCUCCACCGCAAAGCAGAAAACCAGCAAUUCCUGGUCUCAAUGCCCAUGGUUCGUUGAAGAAGCGUGUGGCACCUGCACCCCCCAUCACCUACCAAGCUUCUAGUCAUUCCCGUACCCCUUCGGAUCCUUGCUUUUCUCCAAACUCUGCCGUGCUUCCUUUACACAAAAGAAAUCCAUCUGCGGAUAUAGCCCCAAACUCUUCUGCUGACUCUGAUGUAGGAUCCUCUAUCAGCAGUACCCUUGGACUGAGCACCUCACGGCACAGCAUAUCUCAAGGGUCAGACAACCACGCCUCUGCUCCAAAGACCAUGGAAGACCGUCCUGUGUACAGCACCCUGCAGCGCCCUAAAUGUCCUCCACCUCCUAAGCCAGCUUAUGCCUCGCAGUGCAGCGGAAAUACGGAAUCCGGCAACGGGGAGCAGCUUCCGAACGGUCAACAGCCGCAGCAGCAGCCACAGAGGAAAGGCGGGGAGGUCCCCGUCCCUCCUCCCAGGAAGGUGGGCCAAGCCCUAGUUCACCUUUGGUACACGGGACUCUGUCCAGGGCCCCCCGCCACCAAGAUUUUUAAGUGUGACGUACCUCCAGCUAGGAAGUCCACUGAAGGCCAAGGGGACCAUCAUCAAAGCAGCCGCUCUUCAACCAAGCCACGUCGCCGCUGUCGUGCACUCUACGACUGUUGCGCUGACCAGAAAGAUGAACUGUCCUUCAGCGAAGGAGAAAUAAUAGUCAUCAUCAGCGAGAUAACGGAGGACGACGAGUGGAUGGAGGGCAUGAUUGAAGGGGAGCCCCACCGGCGCGGGGUCUUUCCCACCAGCUUCGUGCACAUGCUGGCCGACUAGUGACGUGAACGGCUUGUUGCUCUUCUUUCCACUUCUAAUCAGCUUACCGACUUGCCGAGAAAAUUAGCCUCCCACAUUCCUCCCGCUCGAAAAGAAAAGACAGUAAUACUGCAGGAAGCCCAGAAAUUCCACGCCGUCUCUCAGUACUAUAAUCUAAUCUCAUUCUAGAAGCGAUAUCUGUACAGAUUAAAAAAUAAUGCAAGCUUUCCUUCGCAGAAUUAUGCAACGCGUGUAAGCAGAGCACCUCACUUCACACUCCCCCCCCCCCAUUCACUGCGCAUUAUGCCUAUGCACCGCACUCGCGUUUUGCGCAUCAUGUUGUAGAUCCUGAAGAAGGGCUGUAUUAUUUUGGGACCGAUGUAGUCAGAUAUGUAGUGCAUAGUCUUGAAUGUAGCGUGCUCCUAGGUAUUAAGUGACUUGUGAGGUGUUACACGGAUUCAGCAGCAUAAUUUUGUCACUCAGCAACAGCCAGAGUUAAGAUCUAUUUAUUGUAUAAAAAAAAAGGAAAUUGUAUAAAGCUAUUCCUGCUUUGUUUUUCGAGCUGCUGAACACACUUUCUUUUUUUACUUUUUUUUUAUUUAACGUUUUAUGUUCUGUGCCUGUAGUCCGGUUAGGUUUACGCUGUAGGACCUUGUUACUGUCAUUGUGGGGCACAGUCAAACAAUUCCUUGGUCACUGGCAGCUGUGAUUUUCCUUGUACAUAGAAUGCUCUUUCUAAAGAAGUGUCUUCCACAAAUCUGUCACAUUGUUCUUUUUUUUUUAUUCCUUCUCCUCCUCUUUUUAUAGUGCUGCUCAGUAGUCAGGGCAAGUAUAAUAGGAAGCACUUUGAGAAAGUGGCACCUGGUGUCAUUGUAUGUCUACUCAUACCCCAGCAUUGUCAACAUAUGUUUAUCGUGUGCGUGCACGCGCAAAAGCGAAAUACGCGUCCUGAAUUGUGCAUCUCAAAAUAUGUACGUACUGAUCGCGGACGGGUAAUGUGACAUCUUUCUUUAGAAGGGGUUGUAAAAUAAAGAAAAACAUACUGUUAAUAUAGACAUCUUGAGGUUCUGCUUUUAUUUUUUGUUGCUCUCUCCCUCUCUCUUUUUUUUUUUUUUUUCUUGCAGGAGCCACAAAAGGAUUUCGGUUAGGAAGUAAAAUUUAAAUGAGAGGAUGGACGAUUUUUGUGAACGUUGUCAGAUUGGUAAUGAGCGUUUUCGUGUAACGAAUAGGCACCACCGUGAUGGCAUCGGCUGGCACAAAAUUUCUGCCCAUGCAAUCUUAGUAGCUCUCCAUAUUAAUGUUCCUGAAUAUGAGCUGCAUUUGGUAUGUUAAUUGAAUGGAUGUGGUAAGCUAAUAAGAUAACCUAUCUGCCACACCUUUAUAAAUUUCAAAUGUGCCCACGAGGAUGCACUGACAAUAAAUGCGAAUUUAAUUUGAAUUAAUUUUGCUUCUCUUCCCACAUCCAUUAAAAGGGCAAUGACCACUCCUCUCAUGCGAUCUUAAAUACCUAGCAACAUAUAUGGUUGCAAUUUGUGCCUGCAUAUUUGUCAACGUAUGGCAUUGAUAUGUUAAGAAAUUCACAGUUUUAUCUACUUUGAAUAAGGAACUUGAACAAAUUUUAAUUCAGUGUCUUUGCAUUUCUGGUCCUAGUGCUAAAAGGUUUAUAUUGUGCAUUCUUGUACCUUCCAUAUAAGUUUUAUUACUUCUUGUUGCAGUCAACAGUUACUUCAUUGCUAGCAUGUUGGCUACUCUUCCGUUUCAUAUAAGGGGAUGUUAAUAGCUGCACACUUGAAACUCGCCAUUGUACACGUACAUGUCGUCUGCGGUACGACAUGAAGAUUCCUUUCCACGACAAGGAGUUGUGAAAAUUGAUAAUCCUGUACUGGUACAGGUGCUCUCAGAUACCCUCCGUAAAUUCUUGUCGUCUGCACAGCAAGAAGCAACACUACAUGAGUAAUCCUGGCAUUAAUCCCAAGUAUGUGCAACGGAAUUUGUUUUGUGUAAAUUUUUCUACAGUUAACAUCUCCCAAAAGAUUGCAAAUAUAUUAGAUUUCAGAUGUCAAUAAAUUUUGUAGUCCACUUCA